AUGUUCAUCAACUUGGCUCAUUUUCUAAUCCCCAAAAUUUUCUUCAUCCUUUCCUACCUGGCCAACCCAAUAUUUGUGCACCUCAUUCAUACCGAGAAAUCAUUUCAUCUCGGAAGUUACAAAUAUCUUUUGUACUUUUUUGCUGUUUUCAACAUGACUGCAUCAUUAGCCGACACUUUGGUACCAGUUUGCGUCCACACCCAUCGCUAUGCUACAAUGGUGUUCACAGUGGAUGGUCCAUUCGCUGAGAGAUCCAGAAUUAGUGAAAUCCUCGUUGCGUGCCGUUGUGCAUUCAUCUCCGGAACCUAUGGGAUCCUGAACGCUCACUUCAUUUAUCGAUUCCUAUCUCUGAAAUAUGACAAAUUUGUGAACCACUAUUUCAAACCAUGGGGCUUAGUUUCUGCAGUCUUUCUAGUGAUUUUACACUGGGUCAUGUGGGCAGUCGCCACAGAUUUUGCAAUGGGUUCCGUUGAAGAGUCAAGGGAAUAUGUGAGACAAUCUUUUGAAGACUUUUUUAACGCCAAUAUGACAAAUUUGAAUAUUUUGGUUGCUGUGUUUUCGGAAGUCUCCCCAAACGUUAUGUACCGCUCAUGGUUUGGAAAUAUUUUCGCAACCGUGGUGUCUUCUUAUUCCAUCGUUUUGUAUUUUGCGCUUUGGUGCAAGAUCAUGUCGUAUUUGACCGAUGGAGUCAGUUACAUGAGCCCCAAAACGAUUCAAAUGCAAAAGCGCUUGUUUUGGGCGUUAUCUAUUCAAACCGCAAUUCCGAUUUUUGUCAGCUUCAUGCCAUGCGCCUUGGCUUUGUAUGGAUCAGCGUUUCGGAUUGAUUUCGGGAGCUUUUCCAACAUCACGGCUUCCAUCACUGUCUCCACAUUUCCCUUUCUGGAUCCGUUGGCUAUAAUCGUGUGUCUACCAGCCCUACGUCGUAGAUUAUUUGCCAAAAUAAAUAUUCACUUGGAUUCAAACUCUUCUAACCAAGUUCAUAGUGUUUCUAGGGGUGUUUCCUGA